GGGGGUACGAAAGAGGAACCCGAAGGGCGCGGGGGCCCUGGACCGAGGGUCUGCCGGGCUCCAGGAGGGCCAGACCCUGAGCUCCGGGACAUGGCGCUCCAGCGCGCCAUCCUCCUGGCCAGCCUCCUGGUGGAAGUUGCCAGUAGAUCCUCAGGAAGUGCGAGCUGCCCCCACUGGCACUGGCCACAGCUAGUGGGGUGGACAGAGACGCCCACUUCAGGCUCAGACUCGGCCAGGUCAUGGCUCUCCCAAGCCGGUGACACAGGUGUGCCAGGCUGUGGUUUCUGGAGGUGCCCGGCCAUGUCUGCACACACCCAGCUGCUCGUCCUGCAGGAUGUGUGCCAGUCCUGGGAAACCAGCUCGGCUGGGACGAACACACGGAGCAGAGCUGCCCCGGAUGCCGCUGUCUGGUCUGUGAGUGCAGUGCCCACACCGCCCACUCCUGCACGUGGGCCUGGCAGGCGUGUUUGCCUCCUCCCCACCUUGCUGCUCUGGGCCAGACCUUUCCUCUGUGGGGGCCAAGCUGGAAACCCCGAUGCAGGUGUCUAUAGGAUUGCAGAAGCAUCACAGAAGCGUCCAGGAACGUGGGCUGUUUGGUCGGGAGCACAGGCAGACACACUCCACCAGCUGCAAGUGGCGACUAAUAUAAAUAACUUCACGGUUGAAAUGCCUGCCCUGUGCCCACCUGUGGCCCACAAGGCGAAGAUGGCAGCUCUUCCCGUGACCCAAGAGACCCCCGGCCAGCAGCCCAAGUGUUGUGUGGACGUGGUGGACACCAACGCCACCUGCCCAGGCACUAGCCUGUGUGGCCCAGGCUGCUACGGGCACCGGGCCGAGGACGGGACCGUCAGCUGCAUCCGCUGCAGGAACGGAACUCACAACAGCUCCGAGUGCAGAGGCUUCGCUGCCCGGGGCGCACACCUCCCCGUGAACAGGAGCACAGGGAUGCCCGGGCGGCCGGGUUUGGGGGGCCCCCAGGUGGCAGCCUCCCUCUUCCUGGGGCCGUUUCUCAUCAGCUCGGGCCUCAUCCUCUCCGUGGCUGCAUUCUUCUACCUCAAGCGUGCCAGUAAGCUGCCUGACGUCUUCUAUGGAAGAAACAAAGCCCCCGGCCUGCAGCCUGGCGAAGCUGCCGCGAUGAUUCCCCCACCUCCAUCCUCAGUGCGGAAGCCGCGCUACGUCCGGCGCGAGCGGCCCUCGGACAGGGACGUGGGCCCCACUGCCGUCUCCUCCGUGGAGGCCCGGGUGAGCAACGUCUGAUCCCGCGGCCCAUCCACAGCCCCGCGUGCUGCCGAGGGGGGGCCCACAUGAAGGCUGGGCGCUGCCCAGUGAGGCCUCAGGACAGGCCUGCACACGGCCCUGGCUCGUUCCUCUCCAGCCACAGAUGUGGAGUGAGAGCCGCCUGCCUGCGGGCCUUCCUUACCGCGCACAGCCGCUCAGCGUGACUGACCCGGGGCAUCACUCCGGCCUCUGUCCCUGAGCCGGGCUGGGGAGCCAGGCUGCGUGGGGUCCAGGCUCCUCGGGAGAGACAGCCUGCAGGACCCGGGUGCUCCUCUGCCUUGGAGCCCAUGGUGGGCAGACCCCCUGCGCCCCCUCUGAGAGCAGUGAGGCCGAGGCCUGCCCGUUUCCAGGCGCUGCAGGAGUGAGUCGUCUGGUCUCCUGCUGACUCUUACCUGUGUUUAAGCAGAAAGCAUUUUGUAUAGAAGUCCCAGAGGCACGCUGUCCUCAUGUGCACCCCGCCUGGGCCCCAGGCACUGGGACGGACACUGGCCUGAAGCUGCUGGAGGUCAAGGCCCCCCAGGGACGUGUCAGCCCGGGGCCACGUUUACCUGUGACUGCAGCCUGGGCUGGCUGUCUCGCUGGACCUGCCGAGGGCCGCCCUGGCCAGCAGUCUCGUCCCGCUGCCCCCGCCCCGGGGCGGCAGCCCGUGUUCCCUGCCUCGGCCUGUUGCGGAGGGACGGCUCUGGGUUCCUGUGGAAAUGGGGGAGCGUCGGGGCGCCCACUGAGCACGGGCAGGGUGCUGCCUGGCCUCCCCAGAGCCUCCGCGGGGACUGACGUGUUCUCCUCCGGCGUCUGGUCCACGUCCGCGGGGCCCACGGCAGGGCCUGUGUGGCCAGCCUCCUGCUUUCUGCACUGGGAUUCCCGCUGGGGUGUUUGUGGUUUAUGGACAUGAGCUCGGUCGCCCGGACGUGAACGAUGACUGACCGGCAUCCGAGAGGGGCGGCCACCUGAAAUCAGCGUCAAUAAACCACUCAGGCCUUUC